GCCGGCCGAGGGGGCGGGGCUAUGCCGUUUCCUCUUUCCCUCCCUUCACUUCAGCUGUUCCCCGCGCGAUCACCUCGUUCACCAUGAGCGGGUCCCCUGUUAUCCCCGUGGAGAUCAGCGGCUUCCUCGCAGAUGUUGAUACAUUUAUAUCAGAUAUCCUAAAAGGAGAAAAUUUAUCCAGAAAAGCAAAGGAAAAGAAGGAUGCUCUGAUUAAGAAGAUAAAAGACAUCAAGUCAAACUACCCUCAAGAAUUUCCCGAAAGAGGUGAACCAGAAGAUGAAGAAGAGGUUGAAGGAUCUGGCCCUGCGCCUCCAGACAGUGUCUCUCUAGCAUCUGACCAAUGUGAUAAUGACGGUCCCAGUGAUGGGAACCAGUUGCUUCCUGUUGCAGCCCAAGACCUUCAGUGUGUUGUAAAGUCUGGAUAUCUGGAAAAACGCAGAAAAGACCACAGCUUUCUUGGCUUUGAGUGGCAGAAGCGUUGGUGUGCUUUGAGUCGAACAGUCUUCUACUAUUAUGGAAGUGAUAAAGACAAACAACAGAAAGGUGAAUUUGCUAUGGAUGGCUACACCGUCAGAAUGAAUAAUACCCUUCGGAAGGAUGGAAAGAAAGAUUGCUGUUUUGAAAUCGCUGCUCCUGAUAAACGCAUUUAUCAGGUUUCUGAACAGUUUACAGCUGCCACUCCCAAGGAAGCUGAGGAAUGGGUACAGAGCCUCAGAUUUGUACUACAAGACAUUGAAUGUGCAGCUAUUCCUGAAGAGGAGGAAGACUACGAUGACAUUGGGGAAGCUGUCAUGCCUCCUCAGUAUACAAGAGCAGAACCAAUAGAUGAUGAAAUUUAUGAAGAACUUCCAGAAGAAGAAGCAGGAGCAGCCACUGUCCCGAACUUGCCAACAAAAGGUGAAGAACCAAAGAAACAGAGCCAGGAAACAGUUAGCAAUAGUUCAGGCAAUAAAGAAACCGAUUAUGUUAAUUUCUAUCAAGGUUUGUGGGACUGUACAGGAGAUGUUCCUGAUGAGCUGACAUUCAGACGUGGGGAUGUUAUCUACAUUCUCAGCAAGGAGUACAAUAGAUUUGGCUGGUGGGUAGGAGAAAUGAAAGGAACCAUUGGCUUGGUGCCUAAAGCCUACAUAAUGGAGAUGUAUGAUAUUUGAGAAGCCUGGGUAGAUUCUACGAAUUAGAUGAUGGCUGGCAAAAAGCUGCAGAUGCCAAAGCAAAACACAAACUCAUGGGUGCCUAAUAAAUGCCUUUUUAUUUAGUAAGCAUCUGUGCCCUGAUGUAUACAUACAUUUUGAUUAUGAUGCUAUCUUUUGAUAUUUGAUUAUUACUUUGUAUUUUGACAUUUGAUUAUAUUAUUGUCACUUGGACAAUAGGGUUAUAGAAGAUCGAGCAUUAAUUGCUCCUUUGCUAAAUGGUCAGAAAAUAUAUCUUUAGCAAGUCCAGUUCAAUAAAUGGUCAAGAAAUCUGCAAGAUCUUCCAGACCAUCACACAUUUUCAUUUUAAUGUUACACAAGAUCUUUCCAAGGCAUUAAGUUUUUCUUUAGUGGUUGAUCUUUCCUAUGGAUGUUCCUCUGGCUUGCUUUUUGUAAUGUUACAGUUUAUUUUCCUGUAAGCCUUUUAUGCUUAAAUAGAUUCAAAUUAUUAAAAAUGUAAAAGUCUGUGACACUGUGGUAGAAGACCAUGUUUUCGGUGACAUAUACAGUGGGGUCUUGACUUAAGAACGGCUUGAGUUAAGAACAUUUUGACUUAAGAACCGCUCUCAUAGG